CUCGCUAGUCGGCUGUAUCCAUUUAACGUAACAGAACAAAUCAAGUAUGAAGGCUAUCGUGGUCAUUGCUAUUGCUUUCUUGGCCAUUUCCUCUGGGAACUCAGUCCACAAUCUCAGAUUUGAUGAGCUGUUAAGAGCGCCAGAAGAUACUUCCCAGCCUCUARAUUUUGAGAAGAGGUAUCAAAUCGUGAGUGAAUGUUCAAAUUAUAAAUUUGGGUGUUGUCCUGAUGAUAAAACUCCACGUAAUGGCUAUCGCAAUGAAGGAUGUGGAGUAAAACUGUGCAUCGAUGAAUCGGUUUCUUUCUGUGGAAAAGUAACCCAAAACCAAUGUCGUAAUUCUCCAACAAUCUACAAGAAGUGUCAUUACAAAUGCAACCCUCAGUGCAGAAAAUCUGCGAGCGCGAGAUUAUGUAGGAGUCCUUUUGGCUGUUGUUGGAAUGGAUUGCCUAAAAGUCCCUUCAUUAGAUGCCCAGUAAAACUGUGCAUCGAUGAAUCGGUUUCUUUCUGUGGAAAAGUAACCCAAAACCAAUGUCGUAAUUCUCCAACAAUCUACAAGAAGUGUCAUUACAAAUGCAACCCUCAGUGCAGAAAAUCUGCGAGCGCGAGAUUAUGUAGGAGUCCUUUUGGCUGUUGUUGGAAUGGAUUGCCUAAAAGUCCCUUCAUUAGAUGCCCAGAAUGUAUGGACACUCCAGAAAUGUCUCAUAUCUGCCAUCAGUUUAAGAACGUAAGCGAAGGCUGUAACUCUGGUGACUAUGGAAUUAGGAACUUCUUAGAAGCUCAUUGUGCCAUAACUUGUGGACAGUGCAGAAAAUAGAGAACGUUAAUCUAACAAUCCAAAAUCGAUAUAAAAUUGAUUUAAUUCGUACCGAUAAGGUAAUGUGCAGUCCUCAACACGUAUGUAAACCUAUUUUUUCCUGAUAAAGAGGUGAUCUCUGGUCAGACUGAAUCCAAUGUAACAAAUGUAAGCGCUAUAAUAUAACAUAAGAAGUGA